AAGCCACUCACCUCCCAAGCACCAGCAACAAUCUGCAGGUUCAAUACUGUGUCUCUCUAUGAAGUCAGGGUGAGUAUUGUGUUGGCUUUCAAUGUUAAAGGUACAGUGUAACCUAUUUUCUAACUCUAUAAGGUGACCAUUUUUUUCAUGUUUUAAAAUGUAAAAAUUAGGGGUGCACGAUAAUUAUCAGACUGAUAUGAUGUCAUACCGAUAAAUAAAAACAGUAGCUCACAUAACUAUUAAUUACAAAAAACACUCCAAUGCGAUUACCCAUACUGUGCGAGUGAGCAAAUCAAGCGCUCCUUUUUUCUCCUGCCUUUUAAUGCCUUGUACUGUGUUUGUAUUUUACUUCAUUUAGCCACUUUUAUGCUUGAAAAUGCUUCAUUUAGAAUACGGGGGGAAUACGUAAAAUUUGCUUAAAUAUGCAUAUUUUUUGGUUAAUAAUAGGCAGUAGUCAACCACAAAACAGCGAAUAUGUCCUAAUUAAUUUUUGAAAUCGUAUCUGUUUGAAAAAAAAAAGGUGCAUCUCUAGUAAAAAUUAGCGAACCACUGUUCAAUAAAUGAUUGACGACGGUGGAGGUUGUACUGUACCCUUCAUGGCCGCUUAUCUCACUGCAACGUCCUCUUGACUUUUACUGGAGUUUGUUCAUAACCAUGACUCUUCUGGACACUCGAGGGGCGCCUAGAGCCACUGUAUGUAUGUAUGCGUGCUUGCGUACGUGCGCGUAUGUGUAUGUGCAGGUAAAGAACCUCCCGGAACCACACUGAGCGGAAGUAUACAGAGCUGGAUCAUGCAGUUUCAGGAAGUGUGCUCUCGUGGGAGAAGAGGAAUGAACUCCUUCAAACGUGACCUCUCUUCCUGGUGCCGUAACGCCAUUAAAGAACUUUUAGACCUUCUUGGCGGAUGCUGUUGCUGUCGUCUUCUACAAAAGUACCAGAAGGAGACCUCCCGGCCGUAAAUGACUUCCUCGCGGGAUGCUGAGCCUCAUCACCUGCUUGUGUGUGGUUGCUGAAUCUUCAUGGCAACAGGGAAGAUGCUGAGUGCAGUGUGAAGGAUGCGUAUUGAUUAAAACUAAUAAGGAUCAGGAGUGUCCACCGCCUGAUAAGAGAAGCCCUGCUGCUGCUGCCGCUGCCCACCCCCACCCCCCAUCACCUCCAUCAGCAUCAGCGUGGUCCACUGUGGGCAAAGAAGCGAUAACAGCUUGAUUGCUGUCAGCCAACAGCCCCUCUCCUCUCCUUGCAUCCUUCCACGGCCGUCCUUUGGUCCCUCCGGUUCAAAGAUGAAGCAGAUACAAAUAUAUCACCCGACCAAAACAGACAGUCCGUCCACAUCCCAUCCGGGUGGACCGGUGAUGGCAGAGUCGUCUUUACGCGCACCCACCGGAGCUUAGCGGCUGCAGCGCCAUGGAUCUCACCUGGCGUCCUCACCUGCCGCCCGCCAGCCGUGCUAGAACCCGUUAGAAGAGACGUGAGUCGUGAUCUCUUAAAAAAAAACAAAAACUUUGAAGCUUCUUUUUGUCCAAAGCACGAGUCCAGGAAAAGCGUGAGAAGGAAGUAAAGAAGCGGAGAGCAGAGUAACAAAAAAAAGACAGGAGCAGACCCCCAGCUCAGGUCCAGGUCGACAGAGGACCAUGUUUGUCCCCCUGCCGGUCCCCUUCGUCUUUCAGAGAACUGCAUCCGAUUUCAGCGCCUGGAGACUCAAGUCCUCGCUGGCUGCAAGGUCCAGCCCCGAUAUCAGGAUGUCCAAAGCAGAGGAGGACAAGGCCGGGACGGACUAUCCCGGUGACGGCUCAGACUCGGACAGAAAGAGUCCAGACGAGCAGGUGCAUCCAAUGACAGCCAGCCCGUUCAGCCUCUCUCCAACACCAGCCAGCAAGGUAAAGACGGAUGAGAGUUCUGAGAUGACCCACAUCAGCACCCCACCACCCCCUCCUCCUCAACAGCAGCAGCAGCAGCAGGCCCAGCAUCACCACACACAACUGAUGCUGGCUGGCUCUCAGCUGGCAGGGCUCGCAGCUCUCCUCCCAGCCCAGCAGCAGCUGCUCCUCCAGCAGGCGCAGGCGCAGCUCCUGGCCGCCGCCGUCCAGCAGUCCAACGCCGCCCAUGCAGCUCACGCCGCCGCGCAGCAGCAGCAGCAAAGCCAAACACCUCAGCAGCAGGCAGCCAAACAGGAGCAGACCAUGCAAGCUCCACCUCCACCACCGCAGCUGGCCCUGUCUCAGCCAAUCCAGCUCACGGCCCAGGACAUCCAGCAGCUGCUCCAGCUCCAGCAGCUGGUUCUCAUGCCAGGCCACCCGCUCCAGUCCCCGGCCCAGUUCCUCCUGUCGCAGCCCCCCCAGACUCAGCAGCAGCAGCAGGCUUUGCUCUCCACGCCAAAUCUGAUCCAGCUACCUCAGCAAAGCCCGGGAGGACUGCUAACCACUCCGCCCCGCCUGGGCCUCCAAGCGCAGAGAGAGAAGAGUGGCGAUGGCGGCGGCGGCGGGAGGUCCUCUGCAGUGGCCACAGGUGGCUGCGGUGUGGGCUUGGUGGCGUCCGAAGGAGCCUCGUCCGUCUCCGGCGGCACCAUGGCCGCCUCACUGACCGCUGCCUUGGUUCCCGGGGGCCACGGAGCUCCCAUCGGAGGGGAGGAGCCCAGCGACCUGGAGGAGUUGGAGCAGUUUGCCCGCACCUUCAAACAACGCCGCAUCAAGCUGGGAUUCACCCAGGGGGACGUGGGCGUGGCCAUGGGCAAACUCUACGGCAACGACUUCAGCCAGACCACCAUCUCCCGCUUCGAGGCCCUCAACCUGAGCUUCAAGAACAUGUGCAAGCUCAAGCCUCUGCUGGAGAAAUGGCUGAGUGACGCAGAGACCAUGGCAGUGGACAGCAUGCUGCCCAGCCCCUCUUCCCUUUCCUCCCCCCUGCUGGGCAUGGAGUGUCUCGCCGGCCGACGCAGGAAAAAGCGCACCAGCAUCGAGACCAACGUGCGGCUGGUGCUGGAGCGCAACUUCAGCACGAACCAGAAGCCUACCUCGGAGGAGAUCCUGCUGAUGGCGGAGCAGCUCAACAUGGAGAAGGAGGUGAUUCGCGUCUGGUUCUGCAACCGGCGGCAGAAAGAGAAGCGCAUCAACCCGUCCAGCAGCAGCACGCCGCCGCUGCCCGGCCAGACCUCGCCAGCCGUCACGCACAAAGCCCCCUGCUACAGCCCGCACAUGAUGUCCAGUCCAGGUGCGUCCCAGGGCAGCAGCAGCCUGAGCACACCAGCUGCCACUUUGUCCCCGACGGCGUCCUGCCCCAUGACGCCCGUCAGCUCUGCCGCCGCCGCAGGGUCCACUUCCUCUUCUUCUUUGACUCCGCCCCCUCAUAGCACAGCCAGCCCCGCCCCUCCCAGUCUCGGGGCUCAUGGGCUCAACACGGGGAACACCAUGAUGGGAGUAAGCACAGGAAUGAACCAGGCGCUCAUUGGCAGCAACCCACUGGCCACCAUGCAAGCCCUGGCAGCCAACAGCGGGCAACUGUCCCUCAUGGAGGGGGGUGCAGGUCACAUGCUUCUGGGUGCAGCCGGCGGCGCCGUUCCUCCCUCGCUCCGCCCCUCCCUAUUCCUCAACCGCCCCGGCCUGCUCCCCAUGGUGACGGGCUCCAUCUCCAUGGCGACGGCCUCCCCGCCCGCUAUGGACCUGAUGAGCGGCGGUGGCGGAGGGGCCAUCCCGCAGCCUGCCUUCUCCCGGUCGCCGCCCUCCGCCUCCCGCAACCUCCUGAGCCCGACCUCGUGCCCCGAGGAUUCUCCCUGUUCCAGCCCCGCCUCUUUCUGCUCCUUCAGCGAAGCCUCGCCGCCACCUCUGGGCGGGGCCAUGGCUGAGUGACAGCCAAAGCGUCCUAUCUUAUGACCUCGCCUUUCAACCAAAGCCAUCUCUGUCCCCGGCCGACUCCCUCUACCCCCCGCCACCCCACCCCACCCUGAAAAUGUCCUCCGAGGCCAAAAAUGUACACAAGUGGACAAGGGUGGGGGGGCAUGGCGACGCGAGGGAGGGUGGCGCGGACAGAGGGACCAGGAGGGAGGCUGCUUGAAACCAAAAAGAUGAUGCGGAGAGGUGCGGGACGGGGGGCAAACACCAAAAAUACCAAAAACCUCCAAAACCAAACGGAGAGAAAAGCUUUAGACCUUUCUUGCAUUCCUUCCACCUUCAUCUCAUUCCUCUCUCGCUACCUCAUUAGGGGCGGGGUUUACCACUGCAAAGUAGCGGCACUCGUGCCUGCGCCAAAACAUGGCCGUGUCCCUGCACCACCACCACCCUGAAAACUUCCCCUUCAUUUCAUUUGCCUUUGCUGUGCGGUAAGCCCCGCCCCCCUGGGCCAACAUGACACCUAUAUGGAACAUCCCGUCCACUAGUUAGAUAUUAGCUUGCUUGUUUUCUGUGUACCCCCCCCAAUCAUCAUCGUUUUCAUUUAUACUUACAAGCAUUCUAAAUCAUUCUUUUUUAUUAUAUUUGAGAAAAUAUGCCUACUAUAUGAUUAGAAUGAUGUGUUAUAAGUAAUCUAUUACAUUCUAUUUUUAUUAUGAUUUAGAAAUGCGAGGCUACUAUGUGAUUAUCAUCAUGAUUCGGAGUGUGAGGCUAUAAAAGUAUGAUUGAGUGGAGGAAGCUUUUAGUUUGAUCGUUUAGAAAGACUGAAUCAUUUGAACUUAGGAAGCUUUUUGUUUGAUCGUUUAGAAAGACUGAAUCAUUUGAACUUUGCAUUCCAGUUGAAAUCAGAUAAAAUGAUUCGGAUUCUUUGUACUCUGAUUGAUAAAUAUCAAGCUAUUCAUUUCUUGGUGAUCAUAUCAAAGUUGAAAGAUGUCAUUAUUUCAUUUGGACACAAUGUCAAGUGAGCAGCUGGGGUAGGCUCCAGCGCCCCACCAAUGGAUUUCAGCUUUGGCUGUGUGCUAAGCACCGCCCCCUUGGUUAAACGUGAUGCAUAUAUCAAACAUUCCAUCCGCUCAUUCGUGAUUAGCUUGCAUUUAUUAGGGACUUCAUCCUUUCUGUCAUCAGGAAGUUUGCAGAAACCAAAGUUUUCACGCGAGGCCCCCCCAACAGGCACAUGUAGUCUUUGUCUUUUAUUUCUCAUGGCCUCCGUGCAUCUUCUUCCAUCUUUUAUCAUCAUCAUAAAUCAUAAAUCACGCUUACGUCGGACUUGCUGGCCUCCCAGCAGACUCUUGGAUACCAAAGCACCCCCUGUGGCAGCGUCGUCUCAGACCUCAGCCCCCGUCAGAGGGAAACACACACACACCCCAAAAAAACAAACAAACAAAAAAGGAAAAGCCCUGCCCUCCAUCCUUGCCUCCCACCUGCCCCCCACUCCCUCCUGUCUCCAAAGGUCCCAUCAAAGGACCAAAAGAAGAGCGAUGACGGAUGAGGAGCCAAAGGUACCAAAAGCUGCAGGGGUUCAAAAAAGAAAGAAAGAAGAAGAGGACGAGGAACCAUGAAACCAAAAAGAACCAAAACAAAACCAAAAGCUACGACUGCUCUUCUAAGACACUCCCCAAACCAAAUAGGAACAAAGGGGGGAGGGGGCACUCUUGUCUCCAUCUGUUGGUCUUUUACCUGUGAUGUUCUGGUAUCGGCACGGACACUCAACCAACACCCCCCCACCCCUUUUAGCAACUGUCAGAGUUCAAAGUUUAUUUUUAUUUUUUUCUUCUUUCAUCUUUCUGUCACUGAUGAUGAUGAUGAUGAUGAUAAUGAUGUAAGGACUUUCUAUUUCAUAUGGGGAGGGGGGUGGUGGGCGUCUCUUCGCACAGGAGCUGGAGGACAUCUUUCUUGUCGAGCGGAGGAUACAAGUCCACACGCCACACGGCGCCACGCAGCAGCAAAUACUCUUUUCAAUCUUGUGCAAAAAACACAAAAAAGCCAAAAGUGAAAAACCAAAACAUAGAACUGAACCAAAUAGAACAACCAAACCAACGCACAAGCUGGAAGACUGUGUGUGUUUCUGUGCGUGUGCGUGCUGGUGUGGAGUUACUUCAACAACUGUUGUAUCCUUUGAAGCCAUCAUCAUCAUCACCCGUGCUUCCUGCUUUCCUCAGCCAUCACUGCUGUAUUGUAUUGUAUUGUACUUUAUUAUUUAUGUCAUGUAGGGGGUGAGAGGUGUUGUCCAUGAUGGAUGUCAGCUUAGCCAACAUCCUUCUCUCCCCCACUUCCUCCACGGAGUCCAGAGGACCGUCCAGGACAGAGCUCGCUCUCCUGAUCAGCCUAGGGAUCCUGCUCCUGUCCCUGUCCGUGCUGCCCCCUCUCCAGCAGCCCACAGCAUAGAAGAUGGCUGAGGCCACCACAGAGUCAUAAAAGGUCCGUAAGAGAGUCCUGCACACACCAAAGGACCUCAGUCUCCUCAGCAGGUGGAGGCGACUCUGGCCCUUCUUGUAGAGGGCGUGGGUGUUGACGGACCAGUCCAGCUUGUUGUUAAGGUGAACACCCAGGAAUUUGUAGCUGUCUACCAACUCUAUGUCCGCUCCCUGGAUGUUCACCGGUGUGAAGUGGGAUGUUUUCCUCUGGAAGUUAAUGAUCAUCUCCUUUGUCUUGCUGGUGUUGAGCUGCAGCUGGUUAAGCUCACUUCAGCUGACAAAGUCCCUGAUGACCGUCCUGUAUUCCAGAUCAUUCCCCUCUGAAACACAACCAACAAUGGCUGUGUCGUCGGAGAACUUCUGGAUGUGACACUGUGUGGAGUUGUGUGUGAAGUCCGAGGUGUAGAGGGUGAAGAGGAAAGGGGAGAGCACCGUACCCUGAGGGGCACCUGUGCUGCAGAGUACCAUGUCAGACACACAGUGAUGGAGCCUCACAUACUGUGGUCUGUUGGUGAGGUAGUCUAUAACCCAUGCAGUCAGGUGUUGGUCUACUCCCACACUCUCCAUCUUCACUCUGAGUAGUGCCGGCUGGAUGGUGUUGAAGGCACUGGAGAAGUCAAAAAACAUGACCCUCACAGCGCUCCCGCUGUCCUCCAGGUGUAGCAGUGAUCUGUGCAGCAGGUAGAUCACUGCGUCGUCCACUCCGAUCCUAGGCCGGUAAGCAAACUGCAGGGGGUCCAGCUGAGUGCCCACCAGGGGUCGCAGGUGCUGCAGGAUAAUCCUCUCCAUGGUCUUCAUCAGGUGAGAGGUCAAGGCAACAGGCCUGAAGUGGUUAGGCUCCUUGGGACGCGGUGUCUUUGGGAUUGGGACCACACAGGAUGUCUUCCACAGGGCCAGGACUUUCUCCAGGCUCAGGCUGAGAUUGAACAAGUGCCUGAGAACUCCACAGAGCUGGUCAGCACAGUCCUUGAGGAUUCUAGGGCUGAUGCCGUCCGGUCCCGGGGCCUUCCUUGCCUUGAUCUUCCUCAGCUGAUUUCUCACCUGAUCAUCAGUUAUGGAGAGGGGAGUAGAGGAUGGCUGGGAUGGGGAUGUGGGGGUGAAGAGUGGUGAGUUGGUAGGGGAGGGAGGGAGGGCAGACUCAAAUCUGUUGAAAAACAGAUUGAGUUCAUCUGCCCAGAUCUUGUCCCCACUGGCUUGGUCUCUCCCCACUCCUUUACCAUGGCCUGUGAUGGUCUGCAGGCCUCUCCAGACUUCCCUGGCAUUAUUCUCCUCCAGCCGCUUCUUCAGUUUCCUCCUGUAGCAGUCCUUCCCCUUCCUGAUCUUGUGCCGGAGUUCCCUCUGGACUCUGCACAGCUCCUCCUUGUCCCCUGAGUUGAAGACCCUCUUGUUCAGCAGGGCCUUAAUCUCAGAGGUCACCCAGGGUUUGUUGUUGGGAAAACACCGCACCACCUUGGAGGGCACAGUGUUCUCCAUACAGAAGUUGAUAUAGUCUGUUAUGCAGUGUGUCAUGCUGUCAACGUCACUGCCAUGGGGACUACAGAGCCCUUCCCAGUCUAUUGUCUGGAAGCAGUCUCUGAGCCUAGCACUGCUCUCCUCAGACCACUGCUUCACAGGCCUCUUCACAGGGGGUUGUCUGUUCACUACUGGAGUGUAGUCUGUGACGAGAUGGACGAGGUUGUGAUCAGAACGACCCAGCGGGGGGAGGGGGGAUGAGGUGUAUGCAUCCUUGAUGUUUGCAUACAAGAGGUCCAACGUUUUAUUGUCUCUAGUGUGGCAUCUGACAUACUGGGUGAAGGUGGGAAGAGCAGAGGACAGGGAAGCAUGAUUGAAGUCACCGGAGAUGAGGAGGAGGGAUUGGGGGUGCUGGUUCUGAAGUUGAGAGACGAUGGUGUGGAUCUGCUCUAUAGCUGCAGCAGCGACCGCUGAGGGGGGGAUGUACACAGUCAUAGCAAGAACAUGUGAAAACUCCCUCGGAAGGUAGUAUGGCCACAUGCUAACCGCUAACAGUUCCACAUCUUUGGUGCACAGUUGCUCCUUCACACAGAUGUGUUCCGGGUGGCACCAUCUAUCAUUCACAAACACAGCGAUUCCCCCUCCCUUCUUCUUACCGCUCUCCGUUGCAUUCCUGUCCGCUCGUACCAGCUGGAAUCCGUCCAGUGCGACAUGUGAAUCCGGAGAAAGCUCACUCAGCCACGUCUCCGUGAAGCACAUGAGGCUGCAUUUCCGGUACUCCCUCUGCAGUCGGGUCAGCGCCGUUAGCUCUUCCAUCUUGUUGGGGAGAGAUCUUACGUUCCCCAUGAUGACAGACGGUAGACAUGGCUUGUACCGUCUUUUCCGCUUCUUACACUUCACUCCCGACCUGCAUCCUCUUCUCCUCCUCUGCAGCUCCUUGGGGAUCUCCGGCCUCUCCACGCAGAGAGGGGGUGUGUGGCACAGGGCUAACAGCUGAUCCCAGGUGUAAACAAUGGAGCCUUGGUUGAAUGGGGAGCCGUGGCUGAAGAGGUUCCCCACAGUUGAACUGAAAAGUUCAAAUAGCAUCAAGGCGCAGAUUACAAAAGUAACAAUAUUAACCUCCAUAGCUGCACACUUGACAAAAUGCGACCAAAAGAAAAGUAAAAAGAAAACUAAAAUACUAUAAAAACUCUAAAAGGUGGAAGAAAAGUACAGAGCUGCUGUAACUGGCAGCCACUCAAGCAGCGCCAUUUGUACUGUUAUUCAUUGUAUUUAUUUUAUUAUUUAUUGUACUAUUAAUCAUUAUAUUUAUUUGAUUAUUUAUUGUACUGUUAUUCAUUGUAUUUAUUUUAUUAUUUAUUGUACUAUUAAUCAUUAUAUUUAUUUUAUUAUUUAUUGUACUAUUAUUCAUUGUAUUUAUUUUAUUUUCACAAUCAUUUUUGCAUAUUGAUGUGUAAUAUUCUUGUAAAAUGAAGCCCAUUUAUUGGGAAUGAUCCUGACUAUUUGUGUUCUAAAGAAUACAAAAUAGGACUCUGGACUAUCAAAAGCUCCUGAGUGCAUGUGACAGCUGGUUUGGAACCACGGAUGGAUCAUUGCUUUGUGUUCUAGUGGAACCACGGAUUGAUCAUUGCUUUGUGUUCUAGUGGAACCACGGAUGGAUCAUUGCUUUGUGUUCCAGUGGAACCACGGAUGGAUCAUUGCUUUGUGUUCCAGUGGAACCACGGAUGGAUCAUUGCUUUGUGUUCUAGUGGAACCACAGAUGGAUCAUUGCUUUGUGUUCCAGUGGAACCACAGAUGGAUCAUUGCUUUGUGUUCCAGUGGAACCACGGAUGGAUCAUUGCUUUGUGUUCCAGUGGAACCACGGAUGGAUCAUUGCUUUGUGUUCCAGUGGAACCACGGAUGGAUCAUUGCUUUUUGUUCCAGUGGAACCACGGAUGGAUCAUUGCUUUGUGUUCUAGUGGAACCACGGAUGGAUCAUUGCUUUGUGUUCCAGUGGAACCACGGAUGGAUCAUUGCUUUUUGUUCCAGUGGAACCACGGAUGGAUCAAUGCUUUGUGUUCCAAUGGAACCACAGAUGGAUCAUUGCUUUGUGUUCCAGUGGAACCACAGAUGGAUCAUUGCUUUGUGUUCUAGUGGAACCACGGAUGGAUCAUUGCUUUGUGUUCUAGUGGAACAAGGGAUGGAUCAUUGCUUUGUGUUCUAGUGGAACCAC